AGUUAAUUUCAUCAUUUAUUUUUAUUGAUGAUUCUCAACUUUAUCAUGUCUCGUAAAGUACUUUUUAUCUGUGUUUUGAAAGGUGCCAUAUAAACCUUAUCAUCAUUAUAUUGUUAUUCUUUUAACAUAUAAUUUGUGUUUUAAAGUCAUGCGAAGUGUCUGAGUUUGGAUUAUAGCCUGAGUGUAGUCUGAAUAAAUGAAAUUAGUAGGGCCUAGAUUUGUUGAGAUGCCGCUUUUAUUCUGGAGAAUUCGACCCGGAAAUCCGGUUAUGGUACGACGAAAUGAAAAUGCUGCUAAACACAAGUCGGACUCUUUAAAGCUGGAUUCCACUGCUCCGUCAAGGGAAAUACACAGAACAUGGAUCCUCCUGGCAGAUUGGAAAUCUACAUCCCAGCAGAGGCUGAGGUGAAAAACAUCCCUCUGUGGAGCUUACCAAACUCAGUGCUGAGAAGAAUGGGCCUCCCCCUGUCUGACUCUAAGGGCUCCAGGAAGCUUGCAGGCUCUCCAGAAGGCAUAUGGAUUUGUCCAGUAACCUUACGGAGGAAAGGGCAGAAACCAGCAGAAAACAUGUCCUCACUGCUGGGCAGAGAGUUUCGGGCUGCACCGGGUCCCCACCGAAUGUCUUUUGUGUCCCUCAACCGUUCAGCUUACAAGCUGCUCAAGGAUAUCACUCCUGGAAAAGGGGUCUCCACACACAGAUCUCACACCUCUCUGUUGCCUCAGGGUUCUGCACCACGGAUCUACCAAAGUGCUGUGGUCAUUUAUCACGGGAACAUUUACCUGUCCAUCAGGAAGCCCGAUCGAAGCCAGAGUAAACCAGAGGCACGUGACACACAGCCGACUGCCCAGUCCUCUAUUCCUUCAACAUCAUCAUCUAAAAGCCAGAGGAAGGAGCUGCUGAAUAACAACAGGCCCAAGAAGAAACACACCACGUGUAAAGUAACACACAGUGAAAACAAGAAAGAUGUUACACACAAGGUAAGGGACGUAUCCUCAUCCAAGACUGCUCGCUCUGUCCCUCAGUCCACUGGUAGUGUGCACAAAGUGGACAGCCACCGUCACACGGACGCCAGAGGAGAGCAGGCGGCAGAGGAAGCAGCAGCUCUGGAGCCAGCUUGGUUUCAGCCUGAGGCGGAGGAGGAGGAGGUGGUGGCCAACAAGGACAAUAGUGGAUGUGAGAUGCUGAACCUGGACGGUGAAGAAGCUGUGAGCACCAGUCAGAACAGUGACAUGGACACUAAUAUGCACAUCGAGGGUGAUGAAGGGAACCAAAGCGGCACCAGGAGAGAGCCUCUGGGUGCAGCUCAUGCCUCCACAUCACUCCUGAAGGAGUUUGACUUUGAGCAGCUGGCUAAAGAAGAGAUGAUCACUCAAAUGAAGGUCAAACUCAGACAGAACGAAGCUGCUCUCAACAACUUCCCUUCUUUAUAAUGAAACAUCAGUGAUUAGGCAUCAGUUCCACAAAAAAUAAACUCGGGUUAAGUUUAUUAGAAAGCAUUUAGGAUGAAGAUUAGUCAUGACAUCGAUUGGUUGAUCUGUGCAUUCAGCACUUUAAUCCAGAGAUGUGACAGAUAAUGUAGAGAUAGUUAUUCUUAAGCUCAUUCAAUGAGUUUGUUCACAGAUGCAUCAGUAUAACAUUUUCUAGCUCCACACCCCCAGAGGUUUUUACUUUUCUGUGCGGGCGACAGCCAGGGCCGGAGGCUUUUUGUUUCGGGUUGUCCUUCUGUACAUAUGUACGUACGUCGGUCCCAAUAUCGUGGACACGAUAUCUCAGUAACGCUUUGACGGAACUUCUUCAAAUUUGGCACCAACAUUCACUAGGACUCAAGGAUGAACUGAUAAGAUUUUGGGGGUCAAAGGUCACGUGCGCGGUGACCUUACAAAACAUCAUUUUGGCCUUGUGAACGCAAUAUCUCCAGAACUCUUCAAGGAAAUUCCUUCAAAUUAAACACAGUUGUCCACUUGGACUCAAGGAUGAACUGAUAAGACUUUGGUGGUCAAAAAACACUUUUUGGCCAUUACACAAGACUUCACACAGUAAUUAAGGCAAAAUUCCACACAAAUGGUUAAUAUUUUACAUGACUGGAUAAACAGGGGUGUAACCUGAAUUUAGUCUGAGUGGUGGAGGCAUACAAUCGUGAGGCAGUAAUUCUAGUCGAACUGAAGCUGACUCGAGUGACAUCACUCGAGGACAUGUACAGACUUCACUAUCAGACACAGAUUCUUCUGCAGACACUGAAGGCUUUUUUCACAUACUCAGUAAAACUCCCCAACACCUGGUGACAGACUUUAAUGUGUAAAAUUUGACGAGUUACUCAUCAUACACCUCAGUCUUUAUUUUCAUCACAGCCUACAUGGGUCACCAGUGGAGUGGACUGUUUCCAAACCCAUAGUCAUAAUCACACAUUCAAAAUGAGGCUGUUCUUAAAAGGUUGAAAAUUACCAAAGGGUGUGAUGUGGAGUGUGUGGCUGAGGACAGGAAAAUACUGACACUAGGUUUUCUGUAUUGUUUAGUGAGGCUGCAGAUGUUGAGUUGUCAGUCUGUUGAGAUCACUGAUUGAGUUACUGUGAUGAUCUUUUGCCUCGUGUGACUGAGAUAAAUCUUUAUUUCGGGAUCAUUACUAUUAUAUGAUGGUCACAAUGGAAACAUUAUGUUAAGUUUAAAAAUCUUUUCCUUUGGCACUUUUACUGGUUUCUUUUCUACAAUGCUUCUUCCAUUUGUUCCAUUACUACUUCUCUCCUCAUGCUUUUAUGUAAUUGAGUCCUGUAGCUGUCUGACUUUCUAUCAAAGAGCCUAAAAAAUGGUUGCUCAUCUGUUGAAUCAGUGACUCAACCUAGAGACUUUCAUGUCCAGACAAGCCUUAGAAACGCCAAAAAUGAAUCUGACUUGUGAAAGCGGCUCCCUUCAGUCCUCUAUGUCCAACCUGUCGUUGGGUUUGUUACCACGAGUUGCUCAAAUCCAGCUGCUAUGUUCUCGUGCCUCAAAUGUAAUUUAUGUUGAACAGACACAAUUACUUUAGGCCGGGUUUGUUUUUGUUGUUGUUGUUGUUGUUGUUGUUGACUUUUUCAAAUGAGAUCUCAGAGGAUGUACUUCUGUUACUGCAAAUAAAGAAAUGAGUGUGUCA